UUUGUAACAAUAUAGCAAGGCCUUUCCGUCCUUGGGACCUACCCCCGGCAAGCACAGCUUGGCAAGCCGAAAACCUAGGAUGGGUACGACCUAAGCAUGUUGUUACAGCAACACCCGCAACGCCAGCGCUUUUCGACUCGUCGGGCGUCAUCCUUGUCGAGACUCAUGAGGCAUGACCCUGAGCCGCUCAGGCACAAUGCCAUCCCGUCGGCAACACACCAACCUAGCACGGCAUUGUACCGUGAAUCAUCGGCCAUCACAACGGGACGCCUGCGACACAGUUCACGACAUCAGAACGGCACGAGGUCCAGCGGCAAUUUUGUCACGCGUGCCCACUCUAAGCGCAGGCAAAGCCCGAGGGACCAGCAUGUGAGACGUUCGCAGGCUUCCAACACCUGUUGGCCCCCUUUCAGAUUCUGCCAAGUCCGGUGACAACGGCUUGCCCUAAUUUUGUUACUGAUCAAGUUACUGACCGGACAGCAUUUGAUUUUGAGGCUCGCAAAAAAAACAGCUGCUUCCAACAGCCCUGGCCCACGAUUAUGACUGCCCCAUGAUGCUCUUUCAUGCAUGCUCAUUUAGCCCAUUGGGGCUGCAGCGGAGGUAUGUCGAGCGGCAUCGCCCUGCUCCUCAUAUUGAAUGAAAUGGAGUCAGUCCGCAAUGACCCAAUAUCCAUGCUCCUGCAGGCAGGGAAACGAGGGUUGAAGCCUACUACCCCAUCGCCAAGCACCGUUGCUCCGCUCGCUCGAGCCUCCAUUCUAACGAAUUCGCACCUGCCCUUCGCCGGCAUGACAAUUACCUUGAUGGGCCCUGCCAGGAGCACGUACCCAGAACCGCCACGGCGGUGGAAAAGCAGAGUUCCAACACAAUGGUUACCGGCAGCGCCUCAAACUCCUCCUGAGAAAGCUUCAGCAAUUGCCGGUCUGCAGUUAAAGUUACGCUGGCUGUUGGCUAAUGACGGCGGCAAAUUUGGAGCACAGCUGUCCAAGCCUCGCGCACAUUGGAUCACCGCAAUAGUUGUGUGCACUAAGCCUACCAAGCCGGCCAGCGUUAAGAGCCCACCCGUGCUGACUCUGACCAUGCUUGUAGCACGGAAUGAAGGAGCACGGGCAGGUAGCUAG